CCGCAGAAAGGAACGCUGCAGUGGCGCGGAAGAUGAGUAGAGGGGGCACUGCCGGCAGGCUGCUACAGAAGCGGAAGACACUUCCCCCCUCCAUGCUGCUGCAAUACCAGGCAGGCUCAAGGCAGCAAGAUGUGGCAAAGAAGCCUUCUGCCAGCGUGCUCCCGCCGUGUGCAGGCAGCUCCCACGGGAGAAAGCAAGCAGGACAGAAGGAACCAUCUACUCCUGCCCAGACCAGCACUGCACUCCCUGCGACAGAGGACUCUAAGAGAGUGCUGCAGGUACCGGCUCUGCCUUGCUGCAGGGACUGUGCUGCUUGAGACUGCACAA